AAAAAAAUAAGCGGAAGAGUUCCACAAAUUAAUUCCGAAACUAGUUGAACUAAUUUGCCUACAUUAUUGAUAGCUAAAAUGAGUGUCGAAAGUAGGGAUGAGGAAUACAUCAAGUUUGUGCCCCACAAAAUGUCCUACCAUGUGGUGCCCGGUGCGGAGUUCCAAUGCAAAGUGAGCAGCUACUCUUGCCGGAAACUGUCCACCAUCGAUGAACAGGAUCAUGAUGUGGCCAAUCGCAAGGGAAUGAUAAACCAGAUCUUGGCAACAUGUGCGGUUCUAUUACUCUCCGCUGGAUGUGGCAUGCCCAUUGGCUUCUCGGCAGUGUUGAUUCCCCAGUUGACAAACAGCACGGAAAUUCCCAUUGAUGUGGAAACAGGAUCAUGGAUCGCUAGUGUCCAUAGUUUGGCCACUCCUUUUGGAUCCCUGCUAUCCGGGCCUUUAGCCGACUAUUUGGGACGCCGUAAAACGCUGUUGGUCUCAGUGGUUCCCCUCUUUCUUGGUUGGAGCACUUUGGCCAUGGCCAAGAACAUCAAGAUCGUGAUCUUUGCCCGAUUCCUGUGUGGCUUUGCCACUGGCAUUCUGGGUGGACCCGGCCAGGUCUACAUCGCUGAGACAGCGGAACCCAAUUUGAGGAGUUUGCUGAUAGGAGCUCCUUACGUGGCAUAUUCCACAGGCAUUAUGCUAAUCUAUUCCCUUGGCUCCAUGAUGUACUGGCGCAAUGUGGCGUGGUGUGCCAACAUCCUACCUCUGGCUGCCGUUGUGUCCAUCUACCUCAUUCCGGAAACUCCUGCGUGGCUGCUGCGCAAUGGCUACGAGAGUAGAGCCCUCAAGGCCUUGACCUUCCUGCGGGGCAGCGAGAUCUCUGCCCAGAAGGAGGCCAACGACAUGAAACAGCGGCUGGCCAAGGAGCGGGCCACUACGCGGACUAACGAGAACAUCUUCCGCCUCUGCUGCCAACGGGUUGCUAUGAAGCCCCUUGUCAUUGUGAUAGUCUUCUCGCUGCUGCAGAUGUUCUCCGGCACCUUCAUUGUGAUCUUCUAUGCCAUCGAUAUAAUCUCGGAAUUCGGAGCGGACUUUGACAACAAAAAAGCAGCGAUUUGGACAGCAGCAGUCAGAGUAGUCUGCUGUAUGAUAUUCUGCGCUAUCCUCAUCUUUGUCCGUCGACGCAGGAUCAUGAUGAUCUCGGGCAUCGGUUCUGGGGUCUUUUGUCUGGCCUUGAGUGCCUUUAUGUACGCCCGAGUGGGUCAGCCCAAAAUGGACUACGAUGUUCUUGUGGCCGGUGUGUGCCUUUUGGGUUACAUUGUCUUCAACACCGCUCUAAUGGUAAUGCCGGGCAUCAUGAUCGGAGAGCUGUUCCCGGCCAGGAUUCGAGGCAGAACCGCCGGAGGUGUGUUUGCUUCCAUGAACGUGGCCCUGUUCAUCUUCGCAAAGAAAUUCCCCGCCUUGCAGGCUUGCCUCAAAAUGCGUGGAGUGUUCUUGGUCUUUGGGGUAUCGAGCAUCCUGCUGACCAUUUUUAUGUGCCUGUUCCAGCCGGAGACCAAGGGUCGCAGUCUGGAGCACAUCGAGGAUUACUUCAACGGCGACAACUGGCUGUGGUUCCGACGGGACCGAGGCUACAAGACGGUGAAACUGCAUCCUCUCCAGCCCAUCAAAGCCAAUGGAACGACUGCAGAUGCCUAAUCCAAUGGUGGAUGCUUAGCUUUUAGACCGGGCUGUUACGUUUCCAGAUAUAUCCAUAGAUUUUGUAGUUUCUAGGUAGUCUUAGACGUACUCAUAGAUCUAGCCGCAGUGCCUCGUAGUUUCUAAACUCGAUCGAUUUUCCAGUGCCCUCCAGGUUGGCCACUUCGACAGGGAAUCUUCAAGUGCUAAGUUAAAUCUUUCAAAUUGUGAUCACUAUGCUUUAAAAUUUAUCUACUUGUAACUUGAAAUAUAAUUAGAAAUAAAAAUCUGUUAAAUAUA